AUGAGUUGCUUCUCGAUUCAAGAUGACUUGAUCGUCGAUCAUGCAUCGGCUCGCACACCUGCAUUAGUAGUUGUGUCUCCGCCACCUUCCUCAUUGCCAUUACCGUCUCGAUCUCCAUCGCCAUCGCCAUCGCCAUCGCCAUCGCCAUCACCAUCCAUUAUUCUGUACAACUCCUCGGACACUGCUCCCAACCCAAUCCCGUCAGCUCCCAUCAACCUUAGCCCACUUGAAACGGAGACUAUAGGGAUUAAAUCUACCUUUGUAUCAGUCACCCCAUCCCAGCCACUUACCACACCUAUCGUUCAGUUCCUCCCGCCUAGGGCAGCACGUGUUGAUACACCUGCACUCCCUCAAGUCCUUCCUGACCCACCAGGCCUCGCCAAUAUUAGAACCAUUUCCGACAAUCCACACAUCAUGAGGCUCUUUUUGUCCACUAACUGCGACGACUAUGGUGGCCACCAAGGUGCUCUCUGGCAGCUCACCAACAUUGGAAAUACGCGCAUUGGCCAUGGCAUCACUGUUGUUCAUCGUGUCUGCAACGAUAUUGAAUGCUAUGCCAACAUUGACCAGUUCAUUGCGCGAGGCCCCAAAGAUGCGCUCUUCCAGAUUCGGAUUACAGGAUGGCAGACACCUGCUGGCUACUAUCAAGCCAUGAAACCCAUCAACUCAUACCUUCUUGCUCCCCUCAUCCGCUGCGAGUUGAAGUUCUCUGAUAGUCAGUGGCAGUAUCUCGAAUAUCCAUUCCGCCUCCUUCACCACACACUUGAGGCUAUAAAGCACAUCCACUGCUUUCUCAAUGGUGAUGACGCCAUUGUACUUCCACGCGGCGACUAUAUCACCGCAGUAAUCCUUUCGGGCUAUAACCGGACCCCUGCCCUCAUAUCCUUUGAACCAGGAGUGAGCAUUGGUACCGUAGUAGCCGUAAAUGACUUGGAGGUUCCAGUUGGUGACGGUAUCGUGCUGCCUCAAGUUAACGGUUUCUAUGUCAAGCGGGAGGUAGUAAACUGCAAUGUCACCACUGUAGCCAAUGUCUUACUCACCACCAUAGUACAGACCCCAAACCACUCCUAG